CUCUGAAAAACAGAUUAUUUGGUUUGUUAAUUAAAACCCUAAAAAACACAAAACCUAAAACCCUUUCUCUGCGACUGGGCCGUUCUUUCAGCAGCCUCCUCUCUCUCUCUCUCUCUCUCUCUCUCUCUCUCUCUCUCUCUCUCUCUCUCUCUCUCUCUCUCUCUCUCUUAGCUUCACCCAAAUUAUAGCAAUGGAGGACCUGCUCGCUACUGCUGAGAAAAAGGCCCUUGUUGAGAUUGUGAAAAUGGUUCAGAAAAGAGGAUUCAAGGGGAGUAAAGGAGAGUGGAAAGAGUUUUUGAGUGGUUAUGAUAAAAAGUUUGGGGCUAGAUUGAGUGACCCUGCAAAAAGGUCUAAUGAAGUUUUGGUUUCUUUUUUGAAGACAUUUGAUGAAGAAGAGCAUUUGAAGUACGUGACUCAACUAAUUCAAUCUUAUUCAAAGCGAAACUUAGUUCAGAAGCUUACAAGAGCUCCAGAAAAUGAGUCACCUGAGCAGAUGCUGGUUCGCUUAACUCUUGAACACCCGCAAUACCCGUUAGAGUAUUCGUUCCCUUCAAAGGAACAAGGUUGGAUUGUCACCAAGCUUGGGAAAAUGUCCAACGUGAUGAGUACAGAUAACAUUCUUGCUGUUGACUGUGAGAUGGUUCUGUGUGUAGAUGGAACUGAAGCAGCAGUGAGGGUGUGUGUAGUGGAUCGUAAUUUGGAGGUCAAAUUGAAUGUACUUGUGAAUCCCAAAAAAGAAGUUGCAGAUUAUAGAACUGAAAUUACAGGAAUUACUGCAGCAGAUCUAGAGGGAGUUACAUGCACAUUGGCGAAUGUACAGAAAUCGUUGAUGAAGAUAUUAUACAGUGGAAAUAUUUUAGCUGGCCACAGCUUAAGUAAUGAUCUCAAUGUAUUGAAGAUAGAUCAUGCAUGGGUCAUUGAUACCUCUUAUAUAUUCAGAUAUUCAGAGGGACCCAUCAGUAGAAGACCUUCUUUGAAUAAUUUAUGCAAGUCUUUGUUGGGCUACGAAGUGAGGAAGGCGGGUUCUCCUCAUAAUUGUUUGGAUGAUGCUUGUGCUGCCAUGAAGCUUGUUCUUGCUAGGUUAGAGCAAAAAGCAGGAGAUACUAUUCCCUAUAAAGAAAUGAAUGUUGUACCCGAAAUUGAAACUCCGAAACUACUUCUUCACAGGAUACCAUCACAUGUACCUACUGAAGAAUUACUUACGGCUAUUCCUGGGGACUUCACAAUCGAAACCAAGUCAAAUAGGAGAAUUAAAGGAGAUAAGUACACUACCUAUGCUAUCUUUAAAAGUUUACAAGAAGCAGAGGAAGCAUAUGAAAAAGUCGAAGGCAGCAUCUUGAAGGAUACGUUGGGUCGGCCACAGAAACUCGUCACAUGCAAACUCAGCACAGGUGAAACUUACAGUCUGUGUGUUCGUAGUACAGGCCGCGGUGAUUGCUUAGAUGAGAAUCUAUCUAAGAAGAGAGCUAUUGAAGUCCAGGAAACAUCUGAAGUAACGAAAAAACUGAAAACAGAUGAGAAGAUUGAAGAAGAGACACCGACAGAGAAUAAGAAAACAAAGAAAGAGCGGAAAAGUAAAAAGGCAUCCAAGCACAAAAAGAACAAGAAAGGAAAAAAGAAACGAGCUUAGACGUUGCCCCGAACUACUUCCAAAUUCAUCCGAAGAAAAGGAGGCAAAAUGGCCAUUUUUUAACCUUUUCGGGGAGAGGCAGAGGUUUGCCAUUCUGUCUAAAAUCCAGAAAAAGGGCAGAGGCAGCGUUGGAUUUUUGCUCAAAGAUUCCAAUGUUCAACUGGCUUGCUUACAAAUUUUGUUUUGUUUUCCAAAAUUAUAUUAAAGGUUGUAUGAGUUUGGCUUAUUCUUUUGCCAUUUUUGUAUUUGUCUUUUUGUUUUUUGUUUUCCAUUGGAGAUAGAUAGAUACAAGCUCAAUUUAUUUUGACAUCAAAAUCUGUAAUAUUAUUAUAAACAUAUAAUUAACUCAUUCUUUUGUGCACUAUUAUUCUAUAAUAAUGUCCAAAGUGAAUGAGAUGUUUUUUCCUUUAAAGAUUUGAUGUAGUUUGAAACAAAAA